UUCACAUAAAGAUGGCGACACGUGUGUUGUCAACUUUUGUUUUAGCAGAAAAACUAAAUAAAUGUCAGACUAUUGGAAGAAUUUGGAAAGCGUAGAGGUCAUAAAAUGCUUACUCGUUAACCACUUUUAUUGUGACGAAUGUAUAACCAACCGAGUAGAAGUGUAUAGAGACUUGAGUCUAGGAUCUGGCAUCAUUGCCAUAAUUGCAAAGAAGUAUAUCAUAAGGGUACCAGCGUACGGACUUACAUCACUGAACCAUAUCUGCAUCAAUUUACACAAGUAGAGCGGAGUUGUUUGAAACGUUUGCGUGGUUUUCGACAUAACUCCAAAUCAGAAAUCAGUAAACUUAAUCAGAUAAGAAAACAGCACUCAAACAUUGUGCGUUGGUUCUGGUAAACAUUUAGUUUUUUGUUUUAAACGCUUAUAUCUUCGAAACUACUAGAGGUUUUUCCAAUUUGUUUUAAUCGACGCAGAAUCAGUCCAAUAAUAAAAUUGGAAAAAUAUUGAUUUUUUGUGGAGAUAUUUGAUUUUAAAGUCGCGUGAGUCUCACAGAUCCAGUUUGUCUGAUUCUAUAUACACAUACAGGAUGUCUCGUAAGUCAGGAAUGGCAAGUGCUCGGGAGCAAAAGUACCAGGCUGGACCAUCCAGGAUACACCAUGUAGAGGAGCCCUUAGCAUCCUCCAACAGAGAUGAGGACUCCAAAGUUUGUCACUUGUGGGGCAGCCGAUAAUUGCCGGAACACUGCUCGUAGGCAGAUAGAAGAAAUUAUUUUGAAUCAAAAAGUCCUAUAUCACUUUGCAAGAUUCGCAAUGAUUAACGAGAUGUUAAUUAAUAAAGAUCCGCGAAUGGGCGUGCAUCCACGUUAUCUGAAAUGAAUUUAAAUAAGGAUAUUAAACAAGCAACGGUGCUUAAAAAAGCAAAAACUAAACCUAAGUUUUAUCUCUUGAAAGAACCAAGUCAAGCUAAUAAAGAUCGACAAAUGAAUGAAAGACAAGUACCAACGCCAAAAAACCUAAAUAUAUUAGAAGAUACUUGUGUUGAUAAUACUAUUUGUGAUACUACCUUGCCAUAUAAUACAGUAGGAAAUCAUAACAUUGCUGUUUCUAUUAGAGAGGUAAAUGGUGGCCAAGAUCUUUCAAACCAACAAAUGAUAGAAGAUUGGGUGAAAAAUAUCAGCAGGAACAACAUCAAAGAAAUACAUUCUCCAAGUCUUUCUGAAGAUAUUAGUACAUGUUUUAACUCUCCGGAAGUUCCAAAUUGGACUGAUAAUCAUCGCCAUGAUGUUUCAAAGCAUAAAUUUCUAAAAAAUGCAGCAUUUAUGGGCCUUGUAAGAUGCAAUAUAAUUUCAGUGGAAGAUUUGAUUUGUCCAAGCUAUGGAAAUAUUUCAUCUGGAACUAAUGAGGAGAAAGAGGAAGAAAACGUGUACGAAUUUGAAUAUCAAGUAGAAGCAGUUCCUCAUGAAGAAGACUCUGAGGUUUUUGUUCAUCCUUUACAAAAAGGAUUGGAUGAAAAACAAUACAGUCAUGUAGACUUUUCGCUACCACGCCUCGCCAAGAAGAAAAGAUUAACUCCUCAAGAAUAUUACGUCCUUACAACCGACGAAAAGUUCUUUGAAUUUAAAAAAGAGUCGAAUUUAGAAAAGAAAUCAUCUAAGAAAAACAGUAUAUAAAUACGGAGAAUAUUGAGUUACAUGUCACUCAUGUGUGACAUGUAACUCAAAAUUCUCAGUGUUAAGCCUGUUCUACAUUGAUCGCAAGCGCAAACGCAAGGAACAGGUCUCGUAGAAUUGACUAAUCGUAUUGAUCAA